AUCUCCGCUUUUACAGUAAAGCUGGACUCUAAACAGCUAGCCAACUAGCCGAAAGAAGCUAGCACUCCUCCUCAUAAUAUUUGCUCAACAACAAGGUGCCCCUUUAUUUAUUGGACUUGAUAUAUCCCUACUAUUUUCAUUAUGGCUUUAGGGUUAACUGUUUUUAUUUUUAAGGGCAGUUUGGGGGAAACAUGGAAUGUUAUAAGAAGGUGAAAUGUACCGGCUGUGGUAGCAAACUGUGACAGGCUAUUAGCUGUUAGCUUAGGAAGUGUAGCAAAGCCCACCGCCGAACUGAGCGACCAUUACUGGAAAAACGGCUCCAAACCGCCGGUUACUGAUCCCCCCUGUUCACUCUGCUGGCAUUUUAGGAGUGAAAGUGUGAGCAGUGGCCUAUGAGGAAGCCACGGCGAACUUGCCAGGUCGGUGGAGGAGGUAGAGUAAAUGGCAAGAAGUCCAACGGGACAGUUGGCGGGCGUGGGGGCACCCGCCAGCGAUCUCCAUCCCCGUACAGCCUCAAAGCGUCUCCAAGUAGAGAAACUCUCUCCUAUUCUCAGUCUCAGAAGGUGGUGGAGGUUGAACUGGACGGAAGGCUUCACCGCAUUUCUGUCCUGGAGCCCUUGGAAGUCAUCACGGAUGAUGAGACAGUGGCUCAGGACAUCAGCGAGUGCAACAGCAACAAAGAGAACAGUGAGCGGUCGGUGUCGCCCACCAGCAGUGCACAAACUCCCCGGAAAGUCUCCACGCUCAGAGGCCGCAGGAAAGACUCCAGAAUGACCUCUGGCAGGUCGACGCAGCCUUCCAAGAACCAAUGCCACAAUUCCCAACCUCAUACACCUGAAAAGUCCAGCACAUCGAACAGUACCCACAUAACCCUCCCUGAGCCUAAGUUUCGUGUUGUGGAAAGCUUCACUCCAGUUGAGGCACCUCCCCUGCCAGCUGCCUAUUACCGUUACAUCGAGUGCUCCCCUGAGGAUCAGGAAAGAAAGGCAGAAUAUGACAUGGAUGAGGAGGACUCCGCCUGGCUGGAAAUGGUUAACGCCACCCGGCUUUCCGAGGGUCUCUCAGCCAUUUCGCCAGACAAUUUCGAGCUACUGGUGGAUCGGUUGGAGGAGGAGGCAUACAGAGAAGCACGCAUCCGAGCGCCUCCACAAAGCGCUAUUGACGACGACGCCUUCUGCUGUGUGUGCUUGGAUGAUGAAUGCCUCAAUAGCAACGUCAUCCUGUUCUGUGACUCUUGCAACUUGGCUGUGCACCAGGAGUGUUACGGCGUUCCCUACGUCCCUGAAGGGCAGUGGCUCUGCCGCUGCUGCCUUCAGUCUCCUCACAAACCUGUCGACUGCGUCUUGUGUCCUAACCGGGGAGGGGCUUUCAAACAAACAAGCGAGGGUCGUUGGGCGCACGUUGUGUGUGCUAUAUGGAUUCCCGAAGUGUGCUUUGCCAACACUGUGUUUCUAGAACCGGUGGAAGGGGUUGGUAACAUUCCUCCAGCUCGCUGGAAGUUAACUUGCUACCUUUGCAAGCAGAAAGGCCGCGGCGCGUGUAUUCAGUGCCACAAGGCCAACUGUUACACUGCGUUUCACGUCACAUGUGCUCAGCGGGCCGGUCUGUUCAUGAAGAUCGAUCCUGUCAGGGAAACGGGCAUCAAUGGCACAACGUUCUCAGUAAAGAAGACGGCGUUUUGCGAGACGCACUCGCCCCUGGGACAGGAGUCAGAGUCCGACGAGGAGAGUGAGGGGCGAAUCGUGGGCAGCAGGAGAAGGGCGAGCAGAGGACGCAUCGCUUACACAGAUGGUCCUACUUUACCUAAAAAAGGCAGGAAGUGUGAAGAUGAGCCAGCAGAUAAGAAGAAAGGGAAGAAAAAUACAGAGUGUACAACCCAAACCACAGGUUCUCCACAGCUUGUGCUGCAGAUACCCACAAGCAGGUUGAAUAUAAUUUCCAAAGGAAUUCUCAUGCAAAGGAAAAACCAGUUUAUGCACAGACUGCAUAGCUACUGGUUGCUAAAACGUCAGUCAAGAAACGGUGUGGCACUGGUUCGGCAGUUGCACUCUAACAUCCAAUCACAAAAGAGUACAGAACAGCCUGAAGUGGACGAGAAGAUUUCUGCAGCAAGAGAAGCUCUGAGAUACUGGCAGAAACUCCGGCAUGAUCUUGAAAAAGCCAGAUUGCUGGUGGAGCUCAUACGCAAAAGAGAGAAGCUCAAACGGGAACAGGUCAAAGUUCACCAAUCAACUUUAGAGAUGCAGCUCACGCCAAUGUUGAUGCUGCUGCGUGCCACCCUGGACCAUCUUCAGGAGAAGGACACUGCUCACAUUUUUGCCCAGCCAGUUAACUUGAAGGAGGUUCCAGACUACCUGGAGUUUAUCACUUAUCCAAUGGACUUCUCCACUAUGCGCUCCAAGCUUGAGAGUCAUGCUUACCGUUCUGUGGCUGACCUGGAGGCUGACUUUAAUCUGAUGGUGUCAAACUGCCUCCUGUAUAACACCAAAGACACAGUCUUCUACAAAGCAGCGCUGCGUCUGCGUGACUUAGGGGGUGCUGUAUUGCGCCAUGCCCAAAGACAAGCCACAAACGCCGGCCUUGACCUGGACACGGGGAUGCACCUCCCUGAGUCACCCCAGAAAAGAGACUUCUACAGCUGUACCUGGGAGGACGUUGACAGUGUUCUGGAUCCAGAUAACCGACUCCACAUGACGAUGGAAGAGCAGCUGAAGGAGCUUCUGGAGAAACUAGACUUUGUCACAUCCAUGCGGUGCAGCGGCGCCCGGGCCAAACGCAUCCGCCAUCUUCGACGCGAGAUCAACAAGCUCCAGCUCAGACAGGGUCAACCCAUGAGCCACGGCAUCCACAACGGGCAUCUUAAAGAAGAGGGCGAAGACGAAGAUGAUGACGACGACGACGAAUACAACAAUAACAAUGCCAAUUGCCUGUCCUCCUCAGACAAAGAGGACCUCAAAUCCACUUCUCCCCCAAGACUGGAACCUAGAGGCCCGUCUCCUCCUCCCCGACAAGGAGAACCUCCUCUGGAGCCUCCCACACUGCGGCCCAUGACAGGGGAGGUCCAGUCCCACUCCUGGUUCUGCAAACGCCUUAAAAUAGACAGCAACCACUUGAACAGCGCCUCAGAAAACAUUAAUUGCACUAAAGCACGAGGAGAAUGUUGCGUGACACCUCCUCCCACUUUGCACUAUGAGGGGCAGGUUGUAGCUAACGCCCUGCCGCCGCUCUCCGUCUCUCCGCGGCCCGCCACCGAGGGAGUCGGACGGCGGACCUCUGUCUUGUUCAAGAAAGCAAAGAACGGAGCGAAGCUUUGCAGGGAAAAAGAGAACCCCGUGUUUAAUGGGAAGGGGCUGCAGGACGAGAAUACGAGCAGCAACCCCACCGGCCCUAGUUCAACAACCAGCUCCCCAUCCUGCACACCAGCGUCCAGAACCCCACAGAAAAGCCCUGGACCUCCCACUCUUCACGAGGUGUGGACCCCUGGUCGAGAAGCGUCGUCAGAUACAGAAUUGGAGAGGACGGUGAAUUAUUCUCUGGAAAGCGGACUGACCAAUAGGUUUGAAAGGCACAAAGACAGCAACUCCGACGCAGAGUCACGAUCCUGUCCCGUCCUUCACAAAGAAAUAAAAUCGCCACCCAAACGAAGCCUCGGAAAGCCUUCUCUCUCCAACGUUCCUCUUCUUGACAUAGUCAACGGAGAUUCGGAUUACACCGGCAACGGGAGUCAGUCGUCAGAGGACGAGACGGAGCUGGAGCCGUUGGAGCUGGUGUGGGCGAAGUGCAGAGGAUAUCCCUCCUAUCCCGCUCUGAUCAUCGACCCAGAGAUGCCAGAGGAAGGCCUGCUGCUGAACGGGAUUCCUAUCCCCGUCCCACCCAAGGACGUCCUCAGGCUGGGAGAGCAGAGACAAGAGGAGACAAACGACAGACUCUACCUGGUGCUUUUCUUUGAUAAUAAGCGGACGUGGCAGUGGCUCCCCCGCGACAAAUUGACGCACCUGGGCGCAGACGACACGGCGGACAAGCUGCGCAUAAUGGAGGGCCGCAAGUCCAGCAUCCGCAAGUCCGUCCAGGUGGCGUACGACCGUGCCAUGAUCCACCAGAGCCGAGUCAGCUACAGCCACUGCUUCGUCACCUCCAACUACCUGUAGACGCCGCUGAGCAGCUGUCGGGUCCCAGACCGAAUCACAGGUUUCCGACAGAACCUGUUUUGUGUCAUUAGGGAGACGAUGUGUAAAUGAAGUUACAUUAAGCCUCACGUUGCUGCAGUAAGUGUUAAUUCCCCCCAUUCAGGGGCGUUCAGAGGUGUGUGCUCAACUCCAGCCGGAUAUCACGAAUCAAAUGUAAAAGAGCCUGAGGUUCUGCUAAUCCUGCUGCUGAGGGAUCAAGCCAUUAGGAAAGAGAUUUAAAAUGAGCUGCCGGAGACCGACGAACACAUCACUGCCUUCUUUUAUACAAUAGAUUUUCUAUGUUUUACACUUUUUACAAAAGACUCAUGUAUAUUUUACUGCUAGUAGUUGUUGUACAUACGACUUUGCGUUAUCAAGCUCGUUCUAAUUAAAUUUUUAAAAAUGCGUACUUCAAUCAGCCUUUUAAAGGGCGAGGCGAGACUCGACAUGACAUAAUUCCUGCAGAGUAUGGAGAUAUUUGUCUUUACUGUAAAUUAACUAUAGUUUGUGUGUUUUGCAUUGUUGUGUAAUCUUGGCAUUCGACAAAAUGAGCCGAUGCUCUUUAUAUUUGAAAUCUCUUUUGAUACAGAGAAAUAAUUUAUUUAUGGAAGACAAACUAUAGAAAUAAAGUUAUAUUGAUUAAAUUGCGAGUUCUUAUUUAAGAGAAAAAUGGAGUGAGGUUUUUUAAUUGAAAAGCAGACAGCAUUUUAACUGAUUUUUGCUGAUUUUUUUAAUUAUUUUUUUUACUCGAUACCAAGCACAAGCUUUUAAUAUUGACCCACUCAAUGAUUCUAUUUAUUUCCCAGAGCCCAAUUCCAUCCAAUGAAACGUUCACCCCGAUAAGCUUAUCGCUACUGUUUAUAUUUUACCAGCUCAGCAAAAUUCUUUAACCAGUUUCCACAUUUUGGAAAAUAUUCUAUUAAAAAAAUGUUUAUGUA